AUUGCAGAAGCUUCUCUUUGCUGCCCUGACCAGAAGAAAGACGGGACGUGACGGAGCUGGGAGGAUUCUGCUAGCUGGAGGCCCCGUCAAACAUCCAAUAAAUACAGCUUCCUCACUGUGUAUUCGUCGCAUAAGUGGCGUUUUCAAACUACUCUCAUCCAACGCAGUUUUCCAUCCUAGAACCAAUUUUUCAAACAUGUCCUGGCAAAGCUACGUGGACAACCUGAUGGCUGAUGGCAGCUGCCAGGACGCGGCCAUUGUUGGGUACACGGACGCCAAAUACGUGUGGGCGUCGUGUUGCGGUGGUACAUUUGCCAACAUAACGCCUGAAGAAAUCGACGUGUUAACAGGAAAGGAGAGAAUGGGCUUCUUCGUCAACGGGAUGACCUUAGGUGUUAAAAAGUGCUCUGUUAUCAGAGACAGCCUCCAAAUUGAUGGCGACUGGACAAUGGACAUCCGGACAAAGAGUCAAGGAGGAGAGCCAACAUACAAUGUUUCUGUAGGCAAAGCCGGCAAAGCAUUGGUUUUAGUCAUGGGGAAGGAAGGUAUCCACGGAGGGCAGCUCAACAAGAAAGCAUUUACGAUGGCCGAUUACCUGAGGAAGUCUGGAUACUAGAGCAUCCUGUACCCUGCUCACCCUUCACCACCCAGUUGCAUUUCACACUACUUCAGUCCUAGUUGGUAGUUUCCAUAUGUUUUUCUUCUCCCCCUUUUUUUAUUUUGUUAUUGUCCAUCCCCGACCCCCUCCUCUCUCCUCCUAAUGCACUUGCGCUGUGAUUUCUCCCCCGUCCCGCCCUUUUUUUUCUUUCUUUCUUAAAGCACUGUUAAGUUGACCCAUAACAAAUGAUGUUCCAAAAAGAUUAUGGUGACAAAAAUCAACAGAAUAAGAAAUCUGUCCACAAGAACCGAAGACUACAGUGCUAGAAUACCCCCCUCACCUCCUCCCCUCUUUCCUGUCAUCUAAAGUGAACACACUCCCCGGCUGAGCAGCACUUGAGCGUAAACAAAGCUCCUCACGUCUUCCUUCGUUUAGCUUCUCCAUCCUCCCUCCAGGGUAGGAGGCCUUCACACAUCUAGAACAUCCCCCAACUCCUAUUCCUUCACCUACUCCUGCCAAUAUUUUUUAUUAUUAUUUCACUACAUCUUUUUUUUUUUCGUCCUCUCCAGACAUUACAUAAACAGUAAUAAGACUACUCUGUAACCCCUGCCCCGUCCCCUCCUUUAGAGUUAUCACCUGGUCCUAUAGAUGUUAACAUGGGGGUUCAGGAGGGCUGAUCCAGAUUCUGGGAGCCUGUCCUUACAUCCAUCAUGAAUAUAAAACACCAUGGACAUUCCACAGCAAUGAUGGCUCAGGCACUUUGUUUUGAUCGCUCCUGUACAAUGUAUAUUUUUUUUUGUUUUUUUUUUGUUUUUUUUUAAGGCUGCCAUUGUUGGACAGUAGGUAACCCAGCAUCUAACCACCUGGAGAUUGUCCAGUUUGAUUUUCUUUUUUUUUUUAAUAGGACCAAGAGUAGUCGAGGCUCGGGCGUUUAUACAUUUGCUCUAAAAAUCAUGUGAAGGAUGGCUGAUACAUAUGAAGCUGCAGGGGAGGUGAGGGUGUGGGAGGAAAUGAAGAAUAUCCUCAUAGGUCUUUUUCCUGUUUGUUUAAAGUAAAAAGAAAAAAAAAAUAAACAACUGCAUUUGUAUAAACCCAUGCUGUGUUGACAAACUUAUAAAACUGUGGAAUAAAUUGCCUUCUUCUCUGUAGUCGACUGAGCUCCGGGGUAUCACAUGGUCUGUCCGGUCAGUACUGCUAACUGUAUCGUCCCAUUCAGAAACAGUAAAAACAAAAAAAAAAACACUAUACCAUGAAGUAGAUAUGACACCCAAUGGGAUCGGUUGGAAGAAGAAAGGAGAAAGAAAACAGUCUUGUUUUUUUUUUUCUUGAACAAGUUCUGCAGAACCUGUGUAUCCUGUGCCAUAACGUAGAGAGAUCUGUUGCUGUUGUACGACAGUUAGCCACUGUCCACUAAAGUCACUUCAUUGGCACUUUUUUUCCUUUCCCCUUCCCUUUAAGCUUCAGCUCCACUGUUCAGGCCUUGUGGGAUCUGUGUACUCAUUAAAAAACAGUUUCAAGUCCUGUUUGCUGAUUUAUGUUUCUUCCCCUCACCACUUUUGUUUCCUACAUCUGGGAUACUGUCUCUUUGAUGCAUAUGAUUUCAUAUGCAUACAAACCAAGAAAUGCCAUAAAUUGAUUUAUCACCUUGUUUACAGACAGAUCAAAUAAAUUUAUUCCAACCAGA